GAGGAGGAGGAGGAGGAGGGAGAGCAGAGCAGCACAAAGAGCGGAGAGCAUCCAGAGAGGGAAGGCUGGCGGACGGGACGUCGUGAGGACAACAACGGGGACCAGCAUCCUUCUUACCUCCGGACCUGGCUGCUUCACUGACAUCAUCCAUCAGGCGGGAAGAGCUAAGGGGUCCUGAACACCACCCGUCUCAAAGGUCUCGUCCAGCAACAGCCGCUCCUCUCCAGGGAUAACCUGGUCCUGAUCUUCUCAGCUCUCGCCGCAACUUCCUCCAGCCGUGUUCCAAUGAAGGAGGCCGAUGCCAUCAAGUUAUUCGUGGGGCAGAUCCCCCGGAACCUGGAGGAGAAAGACCUCAAGCCCAUUUUCGAGCAGUUCGGCAAGAUCUACGAGCUAACAGUGAUUAAGGAUAAAUACACCGGGAUGCACAAAGUGCUGGUGACAGGUGUAGUAAACAGCUCGGGCCAGCCAGCCGCUCAGCCCAACCCCCCUCCCUCACACUCAGGCUCAGGGUGUGCGUUUCUGACGUACUGCGCACGGGAGUCGGCCCUGAAAGCCCAGAGCGCUCUCCACGAGCAGAAAACGCUUCCAGGGAUGAAUCGACCAAUCCAGGUAAAACCGGCUGACAGUGAGGGCCGAGGAGAGGACAGGAAGUUGUUUGUAGGCAUGCUGGGAAAGCAACAGAGCGACGAGGAUGUCAGAAGGCUGUUUGAGCCCUUUGGCAGCAUAGAGGAGUGUACUGUUCUGAGAGGACCAGAUGGCACAAGCAAAGGAUGUGCUUUUGUUAAAUUCCAAGGACACGCUGAAGCCCAGGCUGCCAUCAACAGUUUGCACGGGAGCCGCACAAUGCCCGGCGCGUCGUCCAGCCUGGUGGUGAAGUUCGCCGACACGGAGAAGGAGCGGGGGCUGAGGAGGAUGCAGCAGGUGGCCUCCCAGCUCGGCAUCUUCAGCCCCAUGACCCUCAACUUCCCCGCCUACAAUGCCUACACGCAGGCGGUCAAUGCACAGCUCGUCCAGCAGCAGGCCCUGGUUGCCCAGUCAGCGUACUUGUCCCCCGUGGCCACGGUUGCUGCCGUACAGAUGCAGCAGAUGGCGGCGCUCAACGCCAACGGAAUCAUCGCCACGCCCAUCACGCCCAUCACGCCGUCCUCGGGUACAAACACUCCACCCACUAUCGCAGCGACACCUGUACCAGCUAUUCCUGCACCAAUCGGAGUGAACGGUUACAGCAACGUGGCGGCUCCCACCAACGGACAACAAACAGAAACACUAUACACCAACGGGGUUCAUCCAUAUCAAGCCCAGAGUCCAGCAGCCUUGGAUCCACUUCAGCAAGCCUACGCAGGCAUGCAGCACUACACAG